GAUCUGGGAGUUUGUGACCAAGCAGAAGCAUAUCAUGGAAAUGUCUCGAGUAAAUAUUUCGAUCCCGUACUCGAGACUGUCACGACAGAUCUGUUGGGCAACGGCAUGGCAAGAACGGUGAAGAAUGUGAGCUGCAUUAUUCGAAUCUGUGUUAUUUACCGUUGACUUCGAAUCGUAUGCAGAAGAAUACGGAAGAUUUGGGCAAUUUGAUGAACAUCGUUUCUGGUGAAAUAUCUUCAGAGAUCCAGCAGAACUCAAGCGAACAUUUCACGAUGGCGGACACGCACGUCCCAUGUGUUUGGCGAACUCUCCUGCAGCUGCAUAUAAGAUACUCUGGAUUGACCAAGAGAUUGGGAAUGGAACUAUUCUAGUCCUCCAAUAUAUUGACAUUAGCCCGCUAGUGGAUAUCUCGAUGUUGUUUAUUCAUGUGCUGGAUACUGGUCUUGACCUUUGACAAAGCUCCUCCCAGGGGUCUUCCAGAUUAUAGACUAUCAAGUUCAUCAAAGGUCGUCCGGUGAGCGGCGUCCAGACUGCAUUUAUUUUUGAGUGAGAUGUAUAGUAGAGCCCAGAUGACAAGCCUAAUGGCAGUUGUAGAGAAGAUUCCGGGAUGAAUUAAAAAUGCUCGCCAAUGAUUUCUUUCAUUAAAAAGGCUUCGAGAAAUGCUCAUGUGGGUCCCGAUCCUACCUUUUACAUAUAGCAAUUUCGAUAGUUUACACUGAUCUCUCACGCAGUUUCUGAACUUGCGGUGGUAUAAAAGGAUCAGGAGUGAUCGUUCAAACCAUAUCUGCGAUCUCAUCACUGGGAUUGAGGGUGAAGAGUACUUCCUCCUAUCUCGGAUCGCCAUCCUUAUAGCAGGACUAUCUCGAAGGCUGAAGAACACCUUCGAUAUCAGACCGAGUGGAAUCUGCUCUCGAUUUCUCCUAUACAAAAAAAAAUAUCUCCCUCGAAGUUUCUGGAUCCUCAGUUUUACGAUGGGUUUCGGCUUGAGGCCACGAUUUCUGAUUCAUAUUCUUGUCAUCUCUCUUAUAGCGUCAAGCAUCAUCAAUGUCGCCCAGGGUCAAUCCACAGCAGACGAGUACCUCACUCCGCACAAUGAUGCCCGAGCUGGGCUGAAUCAAGGCAUACCGAGCCUGACCUGGGACACCACGCUGGAAUCGUAUGCUACUGACUGGGCCGCCACCAGAGCAGCUGCUGGUGACGACUGCGCUCUCAUACACUCUGGAGGGCCUUACGGGGAGAACAUCCAGCGGAUGUUCUCCAGCAACCCAGCGGAUGCAGUGCAGGCCUGGGUCAGCGAGGAGGCGUAUUACGACUACGCAACAAAUUCGUGCUCGGCCCCAGAGGGCGAGUUUUGCGGUCAUUACACGCAGGUCGUGUGGAGGGACACAGCGGCGCUGGGAUGCGGGUCGGCCACUUGUCCCUCUGGUGCCUUGUUCGUCGUUUGCAGCUACGACCCCCCGGGAAAUUUUGCCGGUCAGCUUCCUUACUAGACUUCGUCUACGAAUAGCUGCGGCCGUCGAGCGACUCCGAGUUUCAUGUUUGCUGAAGUGGUGGACGUAUAGUACUGUAUUCUCAAUACUUUCAACACAUGUUCAUCAGUGGACGACUAUCGAAGGCAAAGUAGGGAGGGGCAGGGAUGAGAAUUUCAUAGGGUGGCACUCCAUCGCUCCCUGCCGUGAGGAUGACAGAGUGUAGUGAGAAUCGUGUUUCUGAAUACAGCGCAUUGUAAUUGCUUCUACGCUGGCAUAGUACUGACGGAUAUACUGUAGAUGAGAUUUUAAGUUGGGCUAAAUUAGUACAACCACUUUCAAGCAGAACUCAAAUCCCUGGUAGUGCAUCGUGGUUGUAACUUGUUAUCAGUCGUUGUGAGUAGCUUGAGGCUGGGAAAGAGCAAACGUCGUCUCUAUUGAUAGCUGAGUGGAUUUCAGAAAGCUCAAUCGCAAUACAGAUAUUGGAGAAGGAGUUGCG